AUGUCGCUUCUAACACCUACAGAAGCUCAUGCCUUUCAGAAAUUCUUAUCCUCGCUCGACACCACCGAUUUUUCAGCGGGAUGGAACAUGCAUCUAGAAGUCUCCCAUGAGCACAUGCCUCCAGCACAAGGGAGAGAAGCCUUGGCUCAAGCGACCAAAGAUCUUAUGUCACUGGAUUCGGAAAAAUGGCGAUAUCCAUUGGCACACUCGCCUAACCCAACUCGUGAGUCACCUUCGGCACUGCCGGUUAACCGGCAUCCACAGUCGCAGUCAAACUCCCUAUCAUUUCUCUACUCUACCCGUCGAGAAAGACGCGUAGAAGAAUAUGACGCUGUUACUCAGCAGCCGGCGCCCUCCCGAAGUCGUGUGCAUAUACCCCCUCUUCAACGUACCGUUGAUCCGUCAUCAGUCUCAAUCAGAACUAGAGCAAGAACUUUUGCGUUCGAGAAUGCGUCUUCAUCGUCAUCCAGCCAAUCUCCUAUUGAUCGGUCGUCUUCAUCCCCAUCAACACAUGCUACGACUCCUACACCGAUCUCAUCGGCCAAACGAUCCCCGCCACCGGAUCCUACUGUCGCAAAUAAGCGGCGACGGCAGUCUUCUGUCGCUUCGCAACAGUUUGGUAGUGAUGCGGGUCAGACCAAAGGAGCGCUUCUAUCCCCCUCCCAGAAAAAAGCAAAUCAUAUACAAUCGGAGCAGAAGCGAAGAGCUAAUAUAAGAAGAGGCUACGAGGCUUUGUGCGACAUCGUUCCUGCUCUUCGGGAAGCCAUGUUGGCUGAGGCAAUGGAAGAGGAAGAGACGGGCGCGAAUGGGAAGAAAGCCGGCAGAAGACGGGGUAGAGGGAAGGCAGGAAAUGAGGAUGGUGAAAAGGUUGAUGGCAGGGCCGGUCCAAAAAGCGAACAUGUCGUGCUCUCAAAGACCAUCGACUACGUCACUGAGCUUCUGUCGGAACAUGAUAUCUACAAACAACGCCUGAUGGUGGCGAGAAGUACCCUCCCCCUUGAUCAUCCGUUGCUGAAGCGUCACCCCGAUGCUCCACCCCCGCUAUGGGAACGGAAAUGGACAGGUGGUGAAUCCAAGGAUGGUGACGAGGAGGAGGACGAUGAUGAAUCAUAA